AAGUGUGUCCCCAGCGGCGGCCCGUGCGGCGCUCCCGCGAGACGCUUACCUGCGCCCCAGGUGAGUGCCGAGGGGGGCGGGGAAGGGGCUGAGCCGGAGGCGGCUCACCUGGCGGGACAGGUGCCUGGCUGCAGCAGACCAUGCAGUGAACCAUGCCACGCCCUGGACAGCCACGCCCAUCAUCUGGGCCUCCGCGCUUGGGACCCUGGGAGCGGCCAACGGAGUUAUGUCUGGAAACAUAUGAGCCACCCCAACCGCCACCAAACCGUCGCACUCGUAGGCCAGACGCCAAGGACCCUGGUCACCAUGGGCCAGAAAGCAUUACCUUCAUCUCUGGCUCUGCUGAGCCAGCUGCUGAGCCCCCUACCUGCUGUCUGCUCUGGCGACCCUGGGUGUGGGACUGGUGCCGAGCUGCCUUCUGCUUCCGCCGCUGCUGGGAUUGUCUCCAGCGCUGUGGAGUCUGUGUGCGGGGCUGCAGCCCCUGCUUGUCUGCUGGGGACUCCACUGAAGGGGCUGCUGAAGCCAACUGGGCCAAGGAGCACAAUGGAGUUCCUCCAAGUCCUGACCGUGCACCCCCCAGCCGGCGGGAUGGCCAGCGGUUCAAGUCAACCAUGGGCAGCAGCUUUAGCUACCCUGAUGUCAAGCUCAAAGGCAUCCCCGUAUAUCCCUACCGCCAUGCCACCUCCCCAGUCCCAGACACAGACUCCUGCUGUAAGGAGCCACUGGCCGAGCCCCUACCCACACGACACAGCCUGCCAAGCACCUUUGCCAGCAGCCCCCGUGGCUCUGAGGAGUACUAUUCCUUCCAUGAGUCAGACCUGGACCUGCCUGAGAUGGGCAGUGGCUCCAUGUCGAGCAGAGAGAUCGAUGUGCUUAUCUUCAAGAAGCUGACAGAGCUGUUCAGCGUACACCAGAUUGAUGAGCUGGCCAAGUGCACAUCAGACACUGUGUUCCUGGAGAAGACCAGUAAGAUCUCGGACCUUAUCAGCAGUAUCACACAGGACUACCACCUGGAUGAGCAGGAUGCUGAGGGCCGCCUGGUACGCGGCAUCAUUCGCAUCAGUACUCGAAAGAGCCGUGCCCGCCCACAGACCUCAGAGGGACGUUCGACUAGGGCUGCUGCUGCCCCUGACAGUGGCCACGAGACCAUGGUGGGCUCAGGUCUCAGCCAAGAUGAACUGACAGUGCAGAUCUCCCAGGAGACAACAGCAGAUGCCAUCGCCCGGAAGCUGAGGCCUUAUGGAGCCCCAGGGUACCCAGCCAGCCAUGACUCAUCCUUCCAGGGCACCGACACAGACUCAUCAGGGGCCCCCCUGCUCCAGGUGUACUGCUAACCCCCGCUGGGCCCAGCAGCCACAACCCCUUCUAGGAGAAGCACAGCCUGCAGAAUGAAGAAGGGGAGCAGGAGCUCCUUUGGGUGAGGCUGAGCCCUGAGUACAGAAGCACUGCCCACUCUGGAUCCUCCUGCUUUGGCUGACUGGCUCCUGGACCAUGCGCAUUUCACUAACCUUAAUGCCCACAUCCCCGACUGGCCUGACCCCUGCCUGGGGCUAUUCCUUUCUGCCCAUGGUCUUCAAAUGGCCUGAUCAUGGAAAGCACAGAGUUAGGAAUUACCUCCUGGGACUGAAUCCUGACUCUAUCCCCAUGAUACCCACCAAUCACGCAGAUUCCAACCUCCUUAGGGUACCCAACAGUUAAAAGAAGCUUGUCUUAAAAGAUUGCAUCGGGCAGUGAACACUGCCCACUCUGUUCUGUUAAACAGUUCUUAUUCUUGGCUGAUUGUCUACGUGUUAACAUGACCAUAGUUUGUAAGCACAAA